AUGGCUGCUCGUGCUUUACAUUAUGUGUUCCGUAUUGGAAGUCGACAAAAAUCUUAUGAUUUCUACAUCAAAACGCUUCAGAUGAAGGUAAUGUUAUACAUUAUGUUGUCGUUUUGAGGUUCGCUGUUUAUUUAGGUGAUAUUUUUGUUUUCAUCUAAAAUUUUCAAGAAUUUUGAAAGUAAAACAGUUUUUCUCUGUUUUAAAGCUUUCUUUGUCUUGGUUUAUGUUAUUCUAGGUUUGGUUUUUACUAUUAUAAUUGAGGUUUACUUUAUAUUGUUUUAGGUUCUAAGACACGAAGAGUUCCAAGAUGGAUGCAAAGCAACUUGUAAUGGGUAAGGCGUUGUUUUCUGAUUUAUUUCAUGUGUUUUCAGUUGAAUUUUGAAACUGUUUUUGCAAAAAAACAUGUUUUGAGGUUUUGAAAUUUUAGGUAACAAAUUUCUAAUUUUGAAAAAUCUACUGCAAGAUAGCUUAAGUUAAUUUUAAAAGAUUUUAAGUGGGACAAUGUGUUACUUCAAGUUUUAUUUGUUAUCUAAACUCAAAUGUUUCAGCCCAUAUGACAAUAGCUGGUCGAAAACGAUGGUCGGUUAUGGCCACGAGGAUCAGCACUUUGUUCUCGAACUCACGUACAAUUAUGGAGUUGGAAAGUAUCGUCUGGGGAACGAUUAUGAAGCCAUUCACAUCGAGAACGAUUCUGUGUAUCAGUCUUUGAAGGACAAAGCCGAGACUGGGCCAGAGAAUUCGCUUUUGGUCAAGGAUCCGGAUGGCCAUAAGUUUUACGUUUAUCCAGGAAAAUGUGAGAAUCCGGUUCGAAAAGUGAGUGUGAAUGUGAAGGAUCUGGGAAAGACGAGAGAAUUCUGGAAGGACCAGAUUGGUAUGGACGAAGUUAGUCACACGGAUGAUGCUUAUGUUCUAUCUUUUGGCAAGGAUCAAGUAUGUUGUUGAUGGUUUAUUUUGCCUUUUUUUCAUUGCAUUGGGAUUCCAGUUGGUCGAAACUUGAAAUUAAAGCAACGAAAAGAUGUAUCUAUACAAUACAUGUAUAUUAUUCUUGACUAUAAUAAUAUAUUGUUUUAGUUUGAUUUAAAUGACGAAUUGAGGUCAAUGUUAUUGUUUUAGGCAGCUUGGGAGAUCCGUCAACUUCCACAGGGCACUGAGUUGGAUCGUGCUGAGGCUUACGGUCGUAUUGCUUUUUCUUAUCCAACGGGAAAGGUACAUAAAGAUUUUUAAUUGUUUUUGUUCAUAAUUGGAAAAUGUAAAUGAUGUUUGUUAGAAAGAUGUUACUGUAUUAUUGCUUUUAUUAAAAGUUUUAAUGAAAGGCAAUUUGUUUUUAAAAUUGUUAAUUUAAUGUGUGAAUUUUCAGUUACAAGAGCUGCAAGACAAGAUGAAGAAGAUCGAUCCACAUUAUAUUCAGAAUGAGUUGCAAAAGCUGGAUACACCUGGAAAAGCUUCUGUUCAAGUUGUUAUCCUAAGAGAUCCGGUAAGUGUUUUUUAAAAUGACAAACUUAAAAAUUAAAAAAAAUUUUUGACUAAUACAAGAUUAGCGUAGUUAUUGAUGAAAGUAAGAUGUUGUUUUUGAUAAUAAUAAGUUGCUAUGACUAUGUAGUAAAAAUAAAACUUAAAAUGACUGCAGAAUGAGCACGAGAUUUGUUUCGUUGGUGAGAAAGAGUACUUGGAACUCUCUCAGUUUGACCAUACCGCCGACAAAUCACUUCAAGAUUCCAUCGCUAAAGAUGACAGCCAGAAAUAA